AUGUUCCGUCGUCUUUCCACAAGCACAUUGGCUGCCGCUGCGGUCCGCUUCUACACUCCAUCGGAGAGUCUCAAGAAGCUUUACACCAGCGAUUUUGACAAAACUGAAUUCCCGCUGAGCAUCGUGCCCAGCGAUAGCGUUCUUUUCGCCAAGUUUCUCUACAAGGCGGCUGAACCGAACAACAGCUUUGAUGCGAUCUUGAAGGACUUUCAAACAAUCGCCGCCGCCUCCAGCAGCCUACCCAUCUUCUGGGAGCGCACGGCGGUUGUUGAGGAUGUUGCCGAGUUCAAGAAACUUUCAGAGCCCAUGUUUUUUACACUGGUUUGGAUGCAGAAAAAUGGCAUGUUAGACCUCAUCCCGGAAGUGUCGGAGAUUUAUGAGACGUACGUCAACGCCAAAAUGAAAAGAAUUGUGGCAAAAAUUUAUGUGGCCCCAGGAAAGGAGGGCGAGGUGGGGGAGGCCAAGCGAGUGGCACAGGAGUUACACAAGGAGGCGAAGGAACUUGACGGUUAUACGCUUGUCUUCAAGACGGUGGUGGAUCGCUCCAUUGUAACGGGUUUUGCGGUGGAACUUGCCGGGCAGUACGUGAACCGUGCUGAGGGCCACAAGAGUCACGCGCCCGCUGCGGAUGAGGCGGAUUACACAACCAUUCCAGCACCAAGGCUUCCAAAGACGGUGUGGGAAGAUAACAUUGAAACCGAGGUGCUGUGCCGGUACCUUGAAAGCCUUGCCGAGUACGACGCGGAAGAGGCAAAACACGGGGUUUGA